AUGAUGGCACAAACUGCGAGAGCCUGUUCCUUUCUUGAUCGCCCGUGGCCUUUGGAUGACGUGAUAUCGAUCCCGUCCGAUUCCGAGUCUGAAACAGAUAGUGACGCCGAAGUGAUGGGACAAGAUGUCCCGCGUGUACACUUUACACACGACCAGCAUCUUGACGACUCGCUUCCUUCUAUCUCUGCGAUUGUGGCGUCCAUGGUUAACGUCGGACACGGUCCAACAAAAGACGUCAGUGAGCAAUUGCAAACCCAACUUCAAGGUGCAAUGGCAAUCUCGAGCCUAGGGAGCUCAACCCAGGAUCUUUGCUUAGGGGGGGAGGGAGAAAGUUCUGAUUCAUCAGCCUUAAACUCUCCGAGAGGUGUGAUUUUCGUCUCAAGAGCUCUCGAUGGCCCGGGGAUCGCCGCUGACUCUAAUGAGUUGGUGUCUCCGGCAAUACAACAACAUAAUGACGGCGUAAACUCGGUUUUGCCUACAUCUAUACCAACACCUGGUGUCGUCUCGGUGGCCUCCGAGCGUCGGUCAGCGCAAUCCGCACCUGUGUUGCCUCCAAGGGAUGAAGCACUGCAAGAGGAGAAUGUAGAACCUCCUUUUCAACCCUGUCUUGCAUCCACGACCAUCCCCGUCCAGCAUUCUCAAUCGCAGAAUUGCAUUGUCGUGUCGUCAAACCAGUGCAGCCAGAUUCAUAACGUCAAUGUUGACCACGGCCGCAUUAGUGGCAUGGUUUCGCGAAGCGACGACGAAUUGCAUAGUGUGGCUCGACCCGCCUCGGCCCAAACAACACCGUCGGGAUGCAGCCGCCCAGUCUCGCGUCGAGGAGGUUUGAUGGAGGGUGUUCAGAAACACCAAACGGCAGAUAAUACUCUGCCCAUGGAUUCUCGCCUUAGCUCUUCGCCAACUGGUCAAGGAUGGGAUGAGGAGUGCCAGACAAGCAUCAGUGCCAACCACACAGUGAGCCAGCCCGAAGAAAUGGAAAAGCGGUCGUCUAGUCGUCGUGGCUUCAGAAAAGCUUACAACCUUCGCCGUCUCCCGGUCAAACGACAACUCACCGCGGAACAAAAGGACGGCGGGUCUAACGAAAAGCUUGUGCCACAGCGCAAACUUCGCAAGCUUAUAUGCCCUCAGCCUAAGAAGCUUGGUUCACAGCAAGGCUCGGGUCCAAGGCGAAAUCGAAAAGCACACUUCUUGAGGAAGAAUACGACAAAAAGCAGCAGCAACGCGUCUGUUGCAAAUGCAAAAAGGCCUGCCCAUUCCGGUGUUGCGGGGUACGAGGCAUGGCCACUUGGCAAUCCGGUCCUAAAAUGCACUAAACAGAAUGGCACUGUUAUGUUCCAACUACAGUUUACUAGUGAUACUUUGUGGAAUACACUAGCUGCCCAGAACGAUCCAAUCCCGAAAGACGGCCAAGCACCAAACAAAGUCGAAGACCGGAGACUUAGAGCCAGAAAGGAGCAAUCCAACCAACAACAUGCGGAAAAUAUAGCGCAGCAGUCCAUCCAAGCUGCCUACCCAAGUGUCUGUCCCGACAUUUACCGAAUGGAUUGCCUGCUUGCUCGGUGGAGGCGACACACUUUCCUGGUGAAAUGGUCUGAUGCCACCACGACGUGGGAGCCGAGAGGACACAUCAUAGAUAAAGGAUUGCUCAAUAGGUUUGAGGCGAGUUGGCAAGGUUUUGACGCGGGCGUGGAUGUUUUGGGAGCCCGAUUGAGAGCUGGGAAACUUCAACGCCUUUUGCAUUGGCAUGGUCGUCCGUCCAAAGAGGAUACUUGGGUACGAAGCGAGCUUCUAAGCCCGCAACUCAUGCGGAGGAUUCAAUCAAAUGACAUAUAUGGUGCUCAUAUUUGA